AUGAAGCUCGAAAAGCACUUGACCUACAUUCCACGCUGCAGGGAGGCCAUUGUGAGUGCCAUCAACCGUGUGGUGGUGCUCUAUGGCGAGACUGGAUCUGGGAAGAUCACGCAGACUGCCCAGUUCAUCUCGGAGGACUACAUCCACGGAGAGCAAGGCUAUUGGUGCAAUAUCAUGGUCACCCAGCCAAGGAGGAUUGCAGGAAUCUCCAUGGCAAAGCACGCGGCUCUCGAGUGGCACGAAGAGCUGAGCGACACCGUCGGCUUCCAAGUCCGUCUCAUGAAGCAGCUGCUGACGAGCCGUGGAGGCAUACUCUUCUGUACAGCGGGCAUCCUGCUGCGGCCCUUGCAGCAGAACGUCGAACUGCAAGGAGUGUCGCACGUCAUCGUUGACAAGGUCCAUGAGCGCGACGUCUGUACCGACUUCCUGCUUGUGCUCCUUCGUGAGGUGCUCUCCAUACACCAUUCAUUCAAUGUGAUUCGGAUGAGUGCGACAAUCAACACGGACAAGUAUUCGGAGUACUUCGACGAAGCGCCUGUCAUCAUUAUUCUGGGCAAGCCACACCCGGUCACUCCGUUCUUCAUGGACGACCUCGUUUCAGAAAACAUUGUGACCGCAGAAGCGUUUCCGAAGUGUGCUUCUGACGCGGUCCGGAUUGUUCCCGACGUUUUCAUGCACAUCGUGGAGAUGAAGCCUUCCGAAGCGAUUUUCUGUUUCCUGCCCGGGUGGAACGAGAUCAACAAAGUGCGAGCAGAGCUUUGCGAGCGAGCUCCAUCGAAGUUUGACGACUGGAUUCUGCCGCUGCACUCGCGUCUCCGAUACCAGGAACAGCAAAAGAUCUUUCAAAAUCCUCCAGCAGAUGUGCGCAAGGUGAUCCUGUCCACCAACCUUACUGAGACAUCCGUCACUGUCGACGACGUGGUGUACGUUGUAGGCACUGGUCUUCACCGAGAUCAGUGCCUGCUCGGUACGUUCACCACGUCGAUGGUCAGUGUUCAGCAGCGAGCGGGUCGCGCAGGUCGUGUACGAUCGGGAGAGUCUUGCCACCUAAUCACGCAAAAUGAGUUCCUCUCCGGGGACCAGUUCAAGCGCCCCGAGGUACAGACCACCGACCUAACAACGGUGGUCCUAGACUGUAAAUCUUACAGAGAUGCUGACGUUGAAACAAGUUCACCUCCACUUUGA